GGCUGCAGCAAAUUUUCCCCACAGUCUUCCGGAAAUGAAUUGGCGGGAGCAUCAGCUUCACUGUCCACCGCACCCCGGAAGCGGAAACAGAAUCCCAGCCUGCCCCUUCCUCACUGCCCUCCAAAUCCCUCUGUAGCCUUUGCCGCAGCCACGAUGCCGAAGCGAAAGAAGCAGGAUCAGCAGCAGCAGCCUCCACCGCCGCAGCCCCCACUGCCAGAGCGGGAAGAGACUGGUGACGAGGACGACGGGAGUCCCAUCGGACCACCCAGCCUUUUGGGCCCUCCCCCCAUGGCCAAUGGAAAGCCUGGUGACCCCAAGUCAGCUCUUCACAGAGGCCCUCCAGGAUCAAGAGGACAGUUAAUUCCACCACUGCUGAGUCUCCCACCUCCUCCUCGGGGUAGAGGUCCAAUGCGGGGAGGCCUAGGUCCCAGGUUUGGCCCAUAUGGUCGUGGUUGGUGGGGAGUCAAUGCUGAACCUCCUUUUCCAGGGCCAGGCCAUGGGGGUCCUCCCAGGGGGGCCUUUCACAAAGAGCAAAGAAACCCUCGAAGGCUCAAAAGCUGGUCCCUUGUCAAGAAUACCUGCCCACCUAAGGAUGGACCCCAGGUUAUGGAAGACAAAUCUGACCGCCCUGUCUGCCGACACUUUGCCAAAAAGGGCCAUUGUCGAUAUGAAGACUACUGUGCCUUCUAUCACCCAGGCGUCAAUGGACCUCCUCUGUAAGACUGUGCCUUCCCAUCCAGGC